ACGUGUUUUGGAGUGAGGGGUAGAUGCAGUCAGCUGUGCUCGCCGCGCAAACAAAUAAUUUUAUCAACGCCUGAGCGAGCGUUGCGAUUUGAUCUCUUAGUGGGACGAUAACAUCACAUGCGCUAGGCGUAAGUUGAAAAGCACACAAGCGUUAGGAUCAAUAUAUUUUCUGAUAAAAUAUUCAGAGCGCAAGUUAGAAAAGUUUCAUGUAACCGGUUGAUAUCUAUUUUGUAUUGUUUUCAAAUAGCUUCGACCGUUAUGUUAUAAUACCACUGAUAAGCAGCUGAAAUUCAAACAUUGGUUUAGUACGCGCAGAACAAUUUGUCGUGGAAAAUGCAAACUCUUGAAGACUUCCAAAUCUUGCACAAGUAUGAAAAAACACCUGAGCUUACGUUUAUACAGAAGGCCAAAGCUGCAAUUCCGGGUAUAAGCGUGUCCCAAACAUUUUUAUCAAUUUUCCCAUUUCUUGGCUGGAUGCGGCAAUACAAAUUCAAAGAGUACAUCGUUGAUGACGUCGUGAUAGGAUGCACCAUUGGAAUCAUGCACAUACCUCAAGGUCUGGCUGCAGCGAUACUGGCAGGAGUGCCGCCCGUGGUCGGCCUUUACAUGGCUUCAUUCCCAUCAAUUAUUUACGCGCUGAUGAGCACAUCAAAGCACAUUUCAAUUGGAACAAUAGCCAUCAUUUGUAUAAUGGUGAAGCCAAUCGUGUCCUUGCACGCCAAGCCCGAAACCGUGGACAGUAAUUUUGAAAAGCCACCCGAUCUGACAUGGUCGGAGGCAAUUUUCAAGCCGGAAAAUGCAGAGCUCACUAGCGUCCAGGUUGCAACGGCUGUGUGCUUUGCAGUUGGAGUUUGGCAGCUCUUAAUGGGAGUGUUUCGGCUGGGAAUAGUCAGUGUUAUCCUUUCUGAUGCACUCGUAAGUGGAUUUUCUACGGCUGGAGCCACUCAUAUUUUCUCCUCUCAGUUAGGAAAUCUACUGGGUAUUGAAAUCGCAAAGCACAGCUCCAAUUUUAAGGUUUUACUGAUUUUCAGAGAUGCCGUAUUAAAUAUUUUAACCAUGAAUUUGGUGAGCUUUGCUUUGUCAAUGAGUGUGAUGGCUGUUUUAAUCACAUAUUCAGAAGUUUUGAAGCCUCGUUUGGAGAAAGUAUUUCGUUUUCCAAUACCUGUUGAGAUGUUUUGCAUAAUUAUUUGCACCCUAUUAUCUAUGGCAUUCGACUUGGAAAAUAAAUACGGAGUUAAGUGCUUUGGCACCAUUCCAAGAGGAGUUCCAGCCCCAAGCUUGCCAGCAUUCUGGUUCGUGCCGCAGAUCGCACUGCAAAGCUUGCCAAUUGCCAUAGUCGGCUACGCAAUUACGAUUUCAGUGGCAACAAUUUUGGCAAAAAAAUCGAAAUACGAGAUCAGACCCAACCAGGAAUUUCUAGCUUAUGGCUGCUGCAACAUUUUUGCGUCUUUUUUCUCUUGCAUUCCAGUGGCCGGCUCCAUUUCAAGGAGUAUAGUUCAGCACAAAGUUGGCGGUAAAACGCAAAUUGUCAGUUUUGUGUCUUGCGCUUUUGUUCUUCUCGUGUUGGUCGCGAUCGGUCCGUUUUUUGAGCCAUUGCCCAGCUGUGUGUUAGCAGCGAUUUUGAUCGUCACACUGAAGGGCAUCAUGUGGCAAGUGAAAGACUUUCCUGGAAUUUAUCGCAGGUCGAAAUCGGACGGCAUCGUGUGGAUGGGCACAUUCUUUGUGGCCAUUUGCUGGGACACUGACUACGGUUUGGCUGCCGGACUUAUUCUUUCAACCUUUUCUGUGAUACUGCAUGGUCAAAAACUGAAUAUUUGUGUCCUUGGACGAGUGCCGAGAAUCGACACUUACCUCGACAAAAGAUAUUACUCCGCUGCAGAAGAAAUUCCAGGAGUGAAAAUAAUUUACAUCUCAGGAAGUUUGCAUUUUGCCAGCAAAGGGCAGAUGGUUAAAAAGUGUACCGAGAUAGUGAACAUACGGAAUCAACAAUUAGGAGUCGUUAAAAAUGAUGUUGAGCACGAGUUCACCAAAGAUGUAAUUAUUGAUCUAUCUGGAGUCUAUUUCAUUGAUCCCUCGGCCACAGAUGCUCUUAAGAGUCUUAGAGAAGAUAUACAACAUUUUUUGAAUGGUUCUCUUUACUUAGCAAACUGCCCUCCAAUGAUACAGGAAUCGUUGAUUAGGUACAAAUUCUUUGGCCCUGAUUGUCAUAUCAAUGAUUGCGCUUUUCCAACGAUAAAUGAUGCAGUUCUGUUCAUUCAAAGCAGUGCUGCAGUGCGCAGUGACUCUCAAACUAAUAAAGUCAAUAUAUUAUAUUAAUUUGUUGAGGAAAAUUAUGGAUCUAGAAAUAUUUAAUGAUUUUAUCUGUACGUGAUUUAAAUUAUUUCUAUGUAUGUCUUGUUUGGGCAGAUUGAGACAAUAAAUUAUUAGUAAAUUAUAUUUA